AUGUGGGCUGGACAAGCUUACUAUGGCGCACUAUGCCUCCGAUCAUUGCUCCCAAAACUCGCCUCGGAUUUUACAGCUGACAAUUUCGACCCUUCAACGUCUUUUGCUAUGCUUACCUUUGCACUUGAGUCGCUUCUGGCGGCUGACACGGCCAGGGACGGCAGGCCCCUUCAUUCGCGUGGAGAAGAAGGCUCUGCAGUGAUUAGUCCCUUGUCGGACCUACAGCAAAAAGGCCUGAUCGUCAUUUCCACGCUCGCUCUUCUCUCUAUGUUCACGACCUUCUCCCUUUUGAGCUUCCUUACUUAUCGUUUCAUCUUCUGGCGCAAGUACUAUCGACGAUACAUAGGUUACAAUCAGUAUGUCGUGCUUAUGUUCAAUCUGGUUUUGGCCGAUUUCCUGCAGAGUUUCGGGUUUAUCAUUUCUCUCCGCUGGAUUGCGAUUGACGCGGUACGAGCGACAGACGUCGCAUGUUUUUUGCAGGGUGUGGGGCUGCAGAUUGGCGACCCAAUGAGUGGCCUUUUUGUUCUUGCUAUUGCAGUGCACACGUUCCUACAUGUCAGCCUCAACUAUCAGAUGGAACACAGAGUGUUUGUGAGCAUGAUUAUCGGCCUCUGGGCAUUUGGGGUUGUGAUGACCAUUAUUCCUAUCGCUGCGCACGGGCGAUAUGUGUGGUAUCCCGCGGUGGCCUGGUGCUGGAUGACCCCUGAAUACGAGAACAUGCGAUUGUGGACUCACUAUGUCUGGAUCUUUGCCUCCGAGUUUUUCACUGUCUCACUUUACGCGAUCAUGUUCAUUCAACUACGCCAGAAGAUGUCCGAAGCGUCUGUUCUUGGGGAGCAUAAUUCCGAGAGUCUGCGCCGGUUAAAACGAGUGAUUCUUCACAUGGCCGUUUAUCCAGUCGUCUACAUCUGUUUGACCCUACCGUUGGCAGCCGGUCGCAUGGCUUCUGCUGGCUCGCACUCGCCAAGCGUACUCUAUUUCUGUAUUGCGGGUUCUUUCAUGGCAUGCUCCGGGUUCUGCGAUGCAUUCAUGUAUGUUGUGACCCGUAGAAGUGUUGUGGUCGAAUCUGAGGCGAGGGGAAGCAGCAAAAAGCUCUCUAGCAGCCGUCGAAAUAAAUCAUCGGCCGCGCAGCAAUAUGCCAUGAGUGCGGACCCGAAAGGUCCGACAUCAACGACCAUCACUCGCGGCCGAAGCGAUUCCACGGAGGAGAUGAUCGGCAAGGGAGGCCUUGAGCUGGCCCCCAUGGGCGUUGUCUUGCAGCACACAACGAUCGAGGUUACAACUGAGAGCGCAUACGAACCGUCCUCCAGCACCUCGGGCACCCCAACGCGGCACAGAGAUAGUGUUCGCUAUUCUUGA